UCGUGACCCAGAGCCACAAUAACAGACACAGUUGCAGCGUCUUCCGGCUAAUUUGACUGACCUAGCUUGUGUCUUCCUGCUCCUUUCCUGUCUCUGGUUGUGUGUAGUUGUUGUUAAAAUGCAGCUGCAGUGUUUAGUUGUUGCUCUGUGUCUGUGUUGUGCUGUCACGGCUGGAAAAUACUCCCGGGAAGUGAACGAGCCGGAGCCGAGCGGCAGUGAUGGACCCACGGUGGAGUUCAGGAUAGCGAAGCUCAACCAGGUGUGGGAGAAAGCCAUGAGGACGCAGUUGUCCCCGGUGCAGCAGUCUGAGCUGCACAGUGAUCUGAAGAUUCAGGAAAAAGACGAGAUGCAAUGGAAGAAGAUGAAGGCGGAGGGGCUGGAUGAAAAUGGAGAGAAAGAGGCCCAGCUCAGACGUAACUUCAAUGUGAUCUUGGCCAAGUUUGGGAUGGAUGGGAAAAGAGACACACGGCCGCUGGAGAGCAACUCCCUGAAGGACCACGACACCAAGGAGGGAGACAUAUUUGAUGAUCCCAGGCUCAACAAACUCUGGAACAAGGCCAAGAACUCGGGGAAGUUCUCCACUGAGGAGUUACUGAGCCUUAAGAGGGAGUUCCAGCACCACAAAGACAAAGUCCACGAGUACAACAUCUUCAUGGACACAGUCAGCAGGACUGAGGAAAUCCACAAGAACGUGAUCUCUCCCCUGGAGGGUGAUGUCAAAGAGAACGGGCUGCACCAGAAGCACACGGACCUGAAGCAGAAAAUGAGAGACCUCAACCAGGGCUUUGAGCGCCUCAGCAAGCUCAGCCACGAGGGCUUCACCGAGGACAGCGAGUUCCGGGAGCCUCGUGUGAUUGAGCUGUGGGAGUCUGCCAAGAGAACCAACCUCAGCGAAGACGAGCUGGACUCGCUCAAGGAGGAGCUGCGUCACUUUGAGACCAAGGUGGAGAAGCACAGCCAUUACCAGGAGCAGCUGGAGCUGUCCCACCAGAAGCUGCGACACGUGGAGGCUUUAGGAGACAAGGAGCACAUCAAGAGGAACCAGGACAAGUACAACACACUCUCUGAGAAGACCAGGGAGAUGGGCUACAAGAUGAAGAAACACAUGCAGGAUUUGUCCAACAAGAUCUCUCGUCAGGGACUCGAGCACAAUGAGCUCUGAGCGGCUCAGAUCAAGGUCGUUAGGUCGGGGGAAGGUUGACUGAACUGAAAUAAUCUCCUCAGUAACCACACACAACGUAUUUCACAUUCCCCAAAUUCCCUUUCAUCCACUGUACAAAGAAUCUGUUUUUACAUUGAAGGUUUUCUACUUUUCUAGUGUUCUUAGUUGUUGAUUUCACAAAUGUCUGCAUUAAUGAAUUUGUUUGUACAUAUUGUGCAUAUAUGAUUUCUUGUUAAUCAACUGGACUUAUUGUGAGAACUACCAGGUCAGGUUUUCAGAUGGGGUAUACAUGAAUUCAAAAUUACUCUGCAGCGAAUGACAGGCUGGUUUGGAAGAAAUGUGAGCUUGUUGUACAAAAACUGAAGAUGUAGCUUCACUCCAACAAAGCCAAAUGUAGUGUGGGUGGUUGUUGUUAAGGGCCAGACAGCAGCAGUGGAAUCAGACUUAACCAGAUGAUGUAUCGAAGAUGGUUCAGGUCCCGGGGGGGCGGCCAACCACCUGCAUCAGAAGACAUAUUGGCACAUCGAUGCCCAGACAAUUUAUUUACACCUCCCUUUCCUCAGCUCUGCAAGUAAUAACUGCUCCAUCACAUUAGCUGUUUCUACUGUAGUGACUCAUGCUUCAGCUGAGAUAUUGUGACGAUGCUGUUAUUGUCCGAUCGAUAUCAAGUGAAGGAUGCUUUGCGAAUUCGGGUAAGAAACACUGAAACCUGAAAAUGUAACAGCAAUCUUUAAUGUUCAGAAAGAUACAUGUGCCAACAACAUACAAAUAAUAAUGUUUUAAAAAUAUAGUUCAGUAUCAUUCAUAUAGUCUUUGACUAAAUAAAAGCAGCUACUAUUUACAAAAAGUGAUUCUUGUAAUGACAUUGACAGAUUGUGGUUUGAAAUAAAACAAAAAAUGCCUCUUCCCCCGUGUUCUUUCUCCUCACCUCCUCCUCAGAGACACUGGUGAGGAACUGCCACCAUAAAUAUGAAUUACCCUCAAAUAUUGGACUAUUUGUCCUGAUGAUAUCAAGUGGGAGGUGAGAAAUUGGAGCACACACACUGCGCUUUUCCAUUCAUCAAUUCUUGCCCUCUUAUGGACCAGAAGCAGAGACAUUGAUUACAGGGAUGAAUAAUGUUACUGGCUGUCUGUUUACUCAGUCAUGUCCUGCUUGGGCCACAUGGGCCUGGAUUAAUGCAAUUUGCACCCGAGAUAUAACUCAAAGCUGCUUAUUUCAAUCGAAUGCCUAUAAGCUCUUAUGUGGAAUGAUUGCCGAGCUUGCUGGGACUCUGAGCAGCUGAUUGCAGGUGUCAGUGCGAUGGGAAGAAGGGCUUGAUCUCAUUGCGUGAUCCAAACCGAUGAUAAAUAGUAUGAAAUCAAGCAAUGGCAGUAGCUAACCCUCUGUGAGAGACGAAACAAAAAACAACAAGAACUAUCCAAAAUAAGAAUUUCCAACAAAUGUCACCAAGUUAUCAAGCGUCUCACUUCUGUAAUAUCGGUGGUAAACAGUCGUUUGUGGUGUCAUGAUCAUUGUAUAUUGAUCGGCAGUCAUCCUGAGAGAAUCUUAAAAGAGGUGCAAAAAAGUUCCUCAACAGUUGCCACAGUGUGCUUAAGUGCCAUGCAGCCAACGAAAAAGUUCUAGGUUAAAAAGGUAACCAAACUCAAAUCUAUAAGUAAAGAGAAAGUACAGCAUAUAAAUAAAACACAUCCAUGUGGCAACUGCAUAAAAAACAUGUCCUAUUUUUUUUCUUUAUACUGGAAUGGAUUGUUUGCGGGAAUAAAACUGUUCACUGGUACAA